CCUUGAUGACGUCGGCAGUCCGGAACCAAGAGGGGAGGGCGGAACUCUGAAUUUCGACAUAUUUUUGGUUAUUUUAGGUAGAAUUCAACAUGAUAAAAGCAAUAGUAGUCUUCAACAACCACGGGAAACCUAGGCUCAUCAAGUUUUUCCAACAUUACAAUGAGGACAUGCAGCAGCAGAUCGUACGUGAGACGUUCCAUCUUGUCUCCAAGCGGGACGAGAACGUUUGUAACUUCCUGGAGGGCGGAAGGUGGGCCUCGGGCAAGAGCUCAGACUCAGAGAAUUUGAUCGGAGGUUCAGACUACAAGAUUAUCUACAGACACUACGCGACGCUGUACUUCGUGUUCUGUGUGGAUUCUUCUGAGAGUGAACUGGGCAUUCUGGAUCUCAUCCAGGUGUUUGUAGAAACUCUGGAUAAGGCGUUUGAGAAUGUUUGUGAGCUGGAUCUUAUAUUCCAUGUCGACAAGGUUCACUACAUCCUACAAGAGCUGGUGAUGGGUGGAAUGGUUCUGGAAACCAACAUGACGGAAAUAGUCACCAGGAUAGAGGAACAGAGCAAACUGGAGAAAUCCGAGGCGGGUUUGACAGCUGUGCCAGAGAGAGCAGCCUCGGCCGUUAAGGCUGGAUUGGCCGGGGCUCCAGCCAGGGUUGUGUCAGCGGCGAAGAAUUUGGAUCUCCCGAAACUUCCGUCCAACAUUCAGCUGCCAAAUCUGCCUUCCUUCAGAUGAAGAUCAAUUUUUUCAUCAUCUUCUUCCAUUUUGCAUCCAUUUCGUGUAAUACAUUGACAAGACUGCAUUC